UGAGGUUGUUGAUAUGCCUGCAUGUUUGAUCGUCUGAAAUAUAACUCUCCCGCAAGGGGUCGAGUCUGCUAGUCCAAAAUCCUCCACGAACCGCCCAUUAAGCGGCCACAUGCAAGCUAUCACCAGAAUACCGAACCCUUAUACAGCGGGUAGGUACUCUUUACUGCAGGCCACUAUGUGGCUUGCAUGUGUUUUAUUUUCCGCUACAGGUCCAGAUGCAGGUAGGUAUAGAUGGUCAUUGGACCCGUCAGAGGCAUGCGAUGAUAUAGAAGCCCUCUGAUGCCUCUUCAUAGCGCUUCCCAACCGCUGCAA